UAAGGUAGGGUCAUGUGAUUCUACCCCAGGUCUCACAUUCGUCACGGUCAAGAUGGCGGAUGAAGAAGAAGUCGGCGUCAAACACAAACUCGAAGUUGUCCCGACUGGUGACCCUGACGAUGAAAGCUGCAUGACAUUUGUUCUACAUGACGAGGACCACACACUUGGCAACUCGCUUAGAUACAUCAUCAUGAAAAACCCAGAUGUAAAGUUCUGUGGAUACAGUAUUCCUCACCCUUCUGAAAGCAAAAUCAAUCUGAGGAUACAAACCCAUGGGACACCCGCCUCAGAUGUCCUUAGGAGGGGCUUAUCUGAACUGACUGCGAUGUGUGAACAUGCGCUCGCUGCUUUUGAGACUGCUGUUGAAGAUUACAAGGAUUCUCAUUAGAUUCAGCGGCGUAGCCAGGAUUUGUAACAGGAGGGGGCCCAAAAGGCUUUUUCAAGGCAUUUUCCACUGUAUUUUAGAUAGUCUCAUACAUUUACUGUAUUUUUGGCUGCUUGAAGGGGGGGGUUCCAGGCCCCCUGGGCCACCCCCUGGCUACAUCCCUGGGAUUAACUGAACAUUCUUGGAGUAAAAAGGUGGUUGAAGUAAAUGUAAAUGAUUGUUAAAGGAAAUGCCUGCAGUUACCACAAGAUUGGAUUGUUUCCUGCUGCUUACUGCAGAACCCCUGAUGAAGACUGGAAUGUAGCCUCUGUAUAUAUCUUUAGAAAAUGUGUAAAUAAAAUAUAUGCCAAUAGCU